AGGGAAUGGGCACGAGGCUGCCAGAGCUCCAGGAGCCUUUGGACAGCGCUGCCAGGGAUGCCCAGGGUUGAGGUGUUGGCUCCACUGCCUGCAGAGCAAACUCGAUACUGCACUGGGGUUUAUGCCAAGUGGAGAUGGUCAAAAAUACAUCACAGAACCCCACAAUAAAACGGCCAUGGAGGCAGCGCUCAUCUUCCUGUGCUCCCUGCUGGUGCCAGCGGCCGUGGCAGACGUGGCCACCCCGGAGAAGGAGGAGGAGGAUCCCUUUAACUAUGAUUACCAGAGCCUGAGGAUCGGCGGGCUGGUGUUUGCCGUGGUCCUGUUCACCGUGGGCAUUCUCCUCAUCCUCAGCAGGAGGUGCAGGUGCAGUUUCAAGCAGAAGCCCAGGGCUCCAGGGGACGAGGAGGCUCAGGCAGAGAACCUGAUCACCUCGAACGCAACGGCAGCACAGAAAGCAGAGAACUGAGCAGGAACCAAUGCUAGCCAGAGACCCGAGGACAGAUGCUCGGAGCGCAGAUGGCCGCGGCCUGCGAGGAAACUGAAAGCCCAGCAGCAGGUCCCUCUCAGGAGACGCGGAGCUGCCGUGUCUGUGUCCCCCUCUGUGCUCCAGCACCGGUUCUCUGUUUCCUAACCCGACUAAACUCCGCUCACCGUCCUCUCUGCCUCCCGUGGUGUGUAAUGUUGCUGUGAGAUGAUCAUUACCUCUAGGGCUAGUUGUUGCUGAUGUUGUAAUCGUGACUUUCUCUUCACCUUUCUCGUGCUGUGCGUGUGGUUUGGGCUCUGUAGGACUGGCAGGCUGCUGCCCUUUGGGCUGCCCUCCAAGCCUGGAAACAGGGAGUGUGGGCUGUGGGGCAGGGAUCCACGGCUUGGGGACCUGCAGUGCCCUGGGGACCUGCCCAGCCAUUUCAGGACCACCCGUCCCCAUUUCAGCAAUAACCCCCUGCAUGUCCCCAGCCUGAAAACAGCCACGGUGGGGAGUGAGUCAGGCAGGGACAUCCCAUGGCUCAACCCUCCUCGCUGGGGUCACUGGGGUGCUGGAUUCAAGGCUGAAGGGAGCUCUCCUGCCUCUCCUGCUUGGCAGUCCCCGUUUCUGUCCCUGGUUAAACCUGUGGGACGCUGUGUGAGGCAAGGCUGUGGUGGCAGAGAAGCCCGUGAGGUCCCCAGCAUGGUGACACUGUGGAUGAGGGCAGCAGCACAGCCGUGGCCUCAGUGACCAGCACAAACCAGCUCCUGCCCGCCAGCCAGAGCUGGGUGGGGGACACAGUCUGAGGGCUAAAGAGAAACAGAGAUCCUGUCCGUGCUUGUCUCCGGCAGGGAAGGGGCAGCAGCGUCUCCUCCUGGUGCUCCCUGCCCCUCCUGACGCCUUGUCGCUCCCUGUGCCACCCGUGUCAGUGCUGUGUGUUGUCCCGUGGUGGUUCCAUGUCACCCCCAGUGCCAGCUGUCCCCUCUCCCCGAGGAGCAGCAGCGAGUGGCACUAAGUGAUUGUCGGGGCUUUUGGACACCUGAGCUUGCAGUGUGACAAUGUGCUGAGCCCAGAGGCCAUCAUCACCCUGUGUCCCCUCAUGGGCUAGAGGCAAACCUGUGAUUUUUGGCUCUUCCCCAAGUCCAUGGGCAGACAAAACCUUGGCUGGGGCUAGAGACUGCCUGCUUGGGUGGGGGCAGCAGUGGGGGGUCCCCAGAGCUUCACUGAAACACCUCAGGUGCCAUCCCCACACCGGGAAGGGGGUCUUGUCCUCCAGGAUGGUUUUGAGAGGAGUUUCUGCUGUGUCCAUCCCCCUGUGGUGGCCCUGCCUCAGCGUGGGCUGUGUCCCUGCAUGUUUGGCAUCGCUUGGUGGCACCGGGAAGCUCUGUCCCAUCUGUGCCAGGCAGAGGGACCAUGAAUCUGGUGUUGUAUCCCUUCCCUCGGUCCUGGCUGCUGCAGAGGGCCCCGGGCAGAGCAGACCCCCGGGCCGGCCCCUGAGUGUCACGGUGUGUGUCCAGUCGGAGUGCCCGUGCUGUCCCUCGUGUGCCGUCGGUGUUACCACGAAACAAAGAGCUCCCUGUGGUGUGUAAAAUGGCCAAACCCUGACUGUUGUAAAAUAAACUGAGCUAUUGUGUCUCCUUUUAAAUAGGCGAGUGUGCUGCUGUGCUGGAGGGCUGGUGUGCUCUGUGCUGUGACCUAAGGGGAAAGGAAUAAAAUAUCGUUUCUAUCGGU